UGAAAAGGUUAGAAAUGGUCACUGUGAAACUCUGACACCUGUGGUACUGGGAGGAUGUGAAGCAGGCACUACUCCUGUAAAAUGCAGAUUCGUGGAACAGGCUGGGGAAAUCAGUUCUGCACCCUACGUUAUGUGGGGACAGGUUCAACAAAGAAGCAGAACAAGAAGUACGCAGGCUGACUGAAAACCCUCUGCUCUACUCAGGAAGCAGCACUGCUUACUUUAAAGCCUGCUUUUGUGAGCAUAGUCUCAGUCCUUCUUUCAGCAGUGAGCGUGCUGUAUGUGAGGGGAAGAGAGAGGCAGACAAAGCACCAACAGCUUCCUGUGCCGAGAAAGCUGUGAUCUUGAGGUACUGUGCUACUGGAUGCUGAUACGAGAACGUCUGUGGAACUACUGCAGCUACUUUGUGCCUUUGAUCUCAGUUUCUCCUGGAAACUGUGCAACAGUUUUUCAUUUAACAAAAAAAUCAGUAACAUGACUCUCCACAUAUAUACACCACUUUCAGCUGCACCAGGUACUUGUCACAGCUAGAAAAGGUAUGUGGAAUGCAGAGCAUAGUGGAUUGGAAGGGAGUGGAUGCCUACUUUCAGUGCUCCCAUCUUUCCUAUCAAAAUGCAACCAAAUGUGUACUUUUUAGGCACAUCACCUAUUUGCUAUGAUAUAAAGGUAAAUUACAGAGCAAUUGAGGCUUGAGACCAUUUUAAACAAUGCAGGCAUUAGGCUUAAGAGUUUUUUUAAUUAAUUGAAUUCCUGAACUUCCUACACUUGCACAGAAGGAAGAACAUGCCUACUCCAUUUGGACUACAUACUUUUGAAGAUUUGAAAUUAUUGACUGUGACCCAGUAAACAAACACUUUUAACUAUGAUUCUGAGAUUAAAUGUCUGUAUGUGACUAAUUUAGCAUUAAUUUUUUAACAGUUAGGUUACCGGAUUUGAAUUGUACGCAGCAAUGCCAUGAAUUUUUCUGAGAUCAUCUGAAAAUCCUCAAGUAAAUGUGUUAACAACGUCAAAUACAUUUUAUGUUUUUACAUCAUUUAUUUCAUAAAUACUUUUGUUCAAUUCUGCUUUUAACCCUUUACAGUUUUUUAGGCAACUGAAACUGUGCAUCAGUUCAUAAGGAUAAAUAGAGGUACUUUAGCAAAGGGAAUAGAAGUGGUUGACAAGAUCUUCCACAACAAAGAAGUAAGCAACAGGCUUUUGAGCGAUGUCUGGCUGACGACUUCCAUUCAUUCCAACGUGCAAAAACAGAGCUGGUACAUUCCUGUCAAAAAGCUAUCCAGGAACACGUUAAAUGAAGUAAAUACUGGGAAAAUGGAAAGACCACUUGAGACUACCAGAAUGGAAAACAACACCUCAUCCUGCUUUCUCAUGAAAAGAAAGACUCAUGUCAAGAUUAACAGGAAAGAAAUCAUGCUAGCUAAGCUGAGAAAGAGCUGUGCCUGCACACCACAGAAGCUGAAGAACUUUCUUAUGGACUUCUUUCCUGUUUUACGAUGGCUUCCCAAGUACCGAUGCAAAGAGUACAUUUGGGGGGAUAUUAUGUCUGGGUUAGUGAUUGGGAUCAUUUUGGUGCCCCAAGCAAUUGCAUAUUCACUGCUGGCAGGUCUGAAGCCCAUUUAUAGCCUUUACACAUCCUUCUUUGCCAACAUCAUCUAUUUCUUAAUGGGCACAUCCCGUCACGUCUCAGUUGGCAUUUUCAGCUUGAUAAGCUUAAUGGUGGGACAAGUUGUGGACCGAGAACUUCUCUUGGCUGGGUUUGACUUGAAUGAUGAUGCCCCACCAGCCUCAGGUGAUGGCUCUCUGCAAAAUGACAAUCUGUCCAACACAACUGCCUUCAACCUUACCAUUGCGGGGAUAAAUGCCGAGUGUGGGAAAGAGUGCUACGCUAUUGGCAUUGCUACAGCCUUGACAUUCAUGGCUGGAGUGUACCAGGUUCUAAUGGGGAUCUUCCGUCUAGGUUUCGUAUCUAUGUACCUAUCUGAGUCCGUACUAGAUGGCUUUGCAACUGGUGCUUCCUUAACCAUUUUAACAGCUCAAGUGAAGUAUCUUAUUGGAAUAAAAAUUCCACGUAGCCAAGGGCAUGGGAUGCUGGUUAUUACCUGGAUUAACAUUUUCCGGAACAUUUCUCAGGCUAACCUUUGUGAUGUCAUCACAAGUGCCAUUUGUAUCGUGGUGCUGGUCACUGCUAAGGAACUCGGAGAUCGGUAUAAGCAUAAACUGAAAUUUCCUCUUCCCACAGAGCUGGUAGUUAUAGUUGUGGCAACACUGGUGUCACACUAUGGUAAAUUAAAUGAAGUGUAUGCAUCCAGUGUUUCUGGAGCUAUUCCAACAGGAUUUAUCCCUCCAAAGGUACCAGAGUUCAACUUAAUGCUCCGAGUUGCCCUAGAUGCUUUGCCUCUUGCCAUAGUCAGUUUUGUCUUCACUGUAUCCCUUUCCGAAAUGUUUGCAAAGAAAUAUGCUUACACCAUCCGAGCCAAUCAGGAAAUGUUUGCUGUGGGGUUCUGCAACAUCAUUCCUUCCUUCUUCCACUCUUUUGCAACCAGUGCAGCUUUGGCAAAAACACUCGUCAAAACAUCUACAGGUUGCCAGACUCAAAUCUCUGGAGUAAUUAGUGCAAUGGUGGUUUUGCUGGUGCUGCUGUUCCUGGCACCUCUCUUCUACUCCUUGCAAAAGUGUGUCCUGGCUUGUAUUAUCAUUGUGAGCCUUCGAGGAGCCCUGAGGAAGUUCCGAGAUGUGCCAGCACGGUACCGUAUGAAUAAGGUGGACACACUUGUUUGGGUAGUUACCAUGGCUGCCUCUGCCUUGGUCAGCACAGAAAUAGGGCUGUUGGUUGGCAUUGUUUUCUCCAUGUUAUGCAUCAUUGUUCGGACCCAGCGGCCACGGACAGCCCUGCUCGGUCAGAUUCAAGACACAAGCUUUUAUGAGGAUGACUUAGAAUAUGAAAAUCUCUCUACUGUUCCAAAGGUCAAGAUAUUUCGCUUUGAGGCCCCACUUUACUAUGCAAAUAGAAACUACUUCCUAAAGUCUCUGUAUAGAUUGACCAAUUUAGAUCCUAAUCUAGAAGCUGCUAGGAGGAAGAAAUAUGAGAAGAAGGAAAAGCAGCAUCUGAAAAAGGGAAACCACAGAACUGCUAAUGGACUGGGCAUCAGAGAAACCACUUUGCAACUAGUUCCUAAGCAAAUUGAUUUCCAAGCCCUUGUUGUCGAUUGCUCUUCCAUCUCAUUUUUGGACACGACUGGAGUUAAUACUUUGAAGGAAAUCCUGAAAGACUACAAGAAUUUAAACAUUUCUGUUCUCCUGGCUUGCUGCAAUCCCUCAGUGAUAGACUCUCUGAAAAGAGGGGGUUACUUUGGAAAGGAUUUUGGAUGUAUGCAGGAAAUGCUAUUCUACAGUAUACAUAAUGCUGUGAUGUUUGCAAAAGACCAAAAGCUUUCAGCAGACUGCUCAGUUUAACCCUGUGUCUUCCCUGAUGAUUCAGUACAAAGUAACAGCUAGAGAGGGGUAGUUUGAAAAAAGUAAAUUAUCAGACACACUGUUGGCUGUGUAAAGCCAUUCCCCCCAAAGAGUUCCACCUUAUGUCAUAUGCCACACAGGGCAGCCACUGGAGAGGUAGUCCAGGACAAACAUGGAAAGGUUAGACCACCACCUUCACUUUAAAAUGCAGGUGAUGGCACUUUGAGAUUGACUUGUCCAUAAUACCAUGAUCGUUUGUGACCCAACAUGGAUGUCAGGACACUGCUGUGAUGGAAGGCCUGCCCAGUGCUGCUCUCCCAGUGAUUUAAUGGCUGGUUUGUGUUAAGAAGGCUAAGCCACUUCCAUGAAAAUGCAAUCAAUAUAGCAUUCUGGAUACAUAAUUGUUUAAAUUGUGGCUUGCAAAGCCCUAUUCCUUCCAGUCAUUCUAUGUGUACUCCUAGACAAGUCCCCACUGUUUGCAUAACAAUAAAAUGUAUAAAAUAUUGUGGAAUGUAGAAUAUCUCUCCUCCUUCAUCAUACAAGCUUAAUAGGAGAAGAAACUAUAAUCCAUCACAGGUUCCUCUCAAAAUGACCAUUUUCAAAAAUUGCUGGUUUUGGAGUUACAGAAUUCAUCCAUUCUAUUGGAUUAAAUCUGUCAUAAUUAAGUUACUGAAGGCUGUGACACCCCUAAUCAUGCUGGAAAAAAUAUGACUCUGAUGCGCAAAUUUGUAACUAGAAAAAGAUAAACAGGAUUUUUAAAAAUGAAUGGCUUUAACUGGCAGCUACCCAGCUAGUUUGCAUCCUGUAAAAUAAGCUGCCUCUGGUAGACAGAAGCAACUAUAAUUCAGGGAUACAUAAGAACCGUCAAACAUAAAACCUCAGAGUUGUGAUGCAGCACAUCACUAUCUUCCUACAAAUGCCUGCCUGGGUUCAAUGAAAAUAAGGGUAGGGUGGGAAGGUAAAUCUGCAAGUUUUCUUGAAGGGGAUUGAUGGAUCAGUCAGAACUGCCUGGCUGGUCCUUUCUGACGCAAUGCUAAUGAAGUAUUACAAGUAACAUACAUGGGUCAAGUAAACGGAGCAAUGCUUUGUAACUUGUGCAUCCCUCUAUGCUGAAAAACUUUCAUCAUUAUUUGUACAUACUACAGAUGCUGUGGGGGUUUUGUUUGCUUGGUGUUUUCUUCCUAUCAUAUUAAUCUUUGAGAUUUGAGGUCUACUAGACCAUGUUUUCUGGGGCUGGUUACUUUCUAUAAUAAUUUGCUUUAACUGCUAUUCAUUAUGCUUUAUGUCAUCAGUUGUAUUGUUGUAUACGUACGUUCUCUCUUCACAAAUAGGAAUAGACUUGGAUUUUGAUUGUAACACAGUAUGCAGCUCUGGCCCAUGGCAUGGGCAGAAUAUUCUGUUUCGUACUCAAGUUUAUAAUUACCUGCAUGAAAGAUAAGACAGCUGUGCUCACUCUCUCUCCUUUUUUAUGUCAGGUUCACACACCACCAAGCAUGGUAGGAAAUUCUAUCACAGCUGUGCCUCUCAAAACUAACAGAUUCUAGAAAUAGGUUCCAUAUAUACAGAAGCCAUUUCUUUGCCCUCCCAUUAAAAAAAAAAAAAGUCAAACCAACACAUCAUAUGAC